GUUAGGAACUAGGUAAGAAAUUUCCUCUGCCUUUCUCGCUACUUUCCUUGCCAUUUCUAAAUAGCCUGCUACUGCUAUGUGUAGAAAUAGGUAGGAACUAUCCUCUGCCUUUCUCGACACUUUCGUAGGAAAUAUCAUCUGCCUUUCUCGCUACUUUACUAUGCGUAGAAAUAGGUAGGAACUAUGGUCGAUUAGCUCGUCACCCAAUAAUGGCGGAAAUGGUGGGAGUGGUGGCUUCGGCCGUUGCUCAGGAGGGCGUGAGCGGAGUGUCAUCGUACAUCUCAAACAAGUUGGAGGAGAAGGCGUCCGCAGGGCACGGCAUCCAGAGGCUCGAGAUGCUACUCUCUCAGGUGGAGUUUGUUCUUGAGAGGACCGGGAAGGUGCCAAUCACAUACAUCUCGCUGCUUCGUCGCAGGAAGGUGAUCGAGCGAGCCUACAACGAGGGCACAAGCUUGCUCAACAAGCACAAGCACGGUAUCGGACAAGAGGUAACGCGAUCCUCCGUCCCCUUCCUUGAACGGAUUAUUGGGCGUGCAAGAAAUUCCUCCAUGUCAUCUCUUCUUGGCUUGAGCAAGGAGGAGCACUUGAGUUCGUCCGUUGUCCGAAGGUACGAAUGGCUCGCAGAUUGUGCUGAAAAGUUUGUGAUAGACGUGGAGUCCGGCUGUCCACUCCGGAACGGCGGCAUCUUUCGCUACCCUCUUGAAAGGCAUCUUCUUGAAGGGAAAACUCUCAUGCAUAAAAUGGUGAGAGGAAGCCAAUCACGCUAUAUUUGCAUAUGGCCCGUAUGUUCGGAAGGGCGUGGCGUAGAGGUAGAGCUAGUUUACAGCUACGAGGAUCGUAAGAUGCCAGCAAAAAAUUUAAAUCUACAACUGUAUCUACGAAUCUCUCAAGGUACAAGCAUAGUUGAGACUGCUAUUAGGUGCUUGCAGUUACUGGCAUCCCAAUUCAAUUUUGUGACUGAAUCCACGAUAGGAGAAGAAAUCACUCUGCUAUCUAGUUUACAAGACAUUUCCCAUUCAUAUGCUGCUCCGUUGGGUCAGCAUGAAGAAUAUAUUGUAAGAGUUACAGAAGGCUGGCGCCCAGAUCCAAUAUGUUGCGCUAACAACAUUGUCUCGUCAGAGUCAUCACACGGAGUUCCAGAGCCAGUUAUUUUAAUCAGUUUCAGUUGCUGGAUUUCAGCGCGGGAGUACAUGUUGCAUAGCUCAACCGAUGAAGUAGUGGGCAUAAACGCACCACUUCUUUAUCUGCAAUUUUCCAUCGCGCCUCAUAUCUCGGAUGCAGGCCCGCCGGGUAUUAGCCUUAUGUCUGAAGAAUACGAACAUAUAAAUGGUAGUGGCAUGCAACUUAUGGAGGAGAUGGCAAGAUCAAAGGCAAUCGACUGCUUGCUCCGCCAGCCAGGGCUAGCGAGGGGCGAAACGAUAUGUCUACCAGAAGUAGAAGAUGUUGUCUACAAAGCAGAUGCUUCUACAAAAACCCAAACACAUGACCGGUUAAGGAGCAGGGCAAGGCUGUGGCGGCAGCCAAGGAGGCUCCAAAGCUCCACAUGCUUCAAACCUUGUAUAUUUAAAGGUAGAAAUAAAACUAAAUUUCAAACACUUUUGAGUUCCAAGUGUUUGCGUGAAAGGAAUGGAACUAGUACUGGGCAAUUUGGUUCAUCGACUUGAGUAUUUUCCAGUUCC